CCCCUCCCCUUGUUCGCUCCCCGAUCAUCGCAGAAGCAGAUGAACUGUGUGAAAGUUAAGACUUUUACAGAGUCAAACGCAUUAUUGUUCUUUAUGGAUACGCGCUGCCUGUGACCAGUGGUCAACUAACGUUAACCUCAACUAAAAAAGAAGAAUCAGAGAGAAGUGUGCGUGGAGAUAACGUCACUGACGUCAACCUGCGUGCAACAGCCAAUCAUUGUCCGUGCUGUUGAUCGCCCGGUAAAAACAAAACGUCAGUUCCUUACGUUGCCCCGACGGGACGAUAUAAUAUAACACUGGAAGACAGCAGCGAACUAUUACACCAAGUGCAGGUGAUAAAGAUGCUGUCCACUGGAGAUGUCCAAGGAUUUCUUCGUAAACUGGAAACUCUCUUGCGGGCGAUAAAGUACCUGGGACAUGUCGACUACAACGGUCUUUCCAAAGGAGAUCCAUCUGCUUUUCUACCAAUUGUGAGCUUCACACUCACCUCCUUCUCUCCACCUUUUGCUGAGCAGCUAAUGGAGGCUGGACUAGAGCUGACCGGCAAAACUGACCUCCGAUUCACUGACACUCUUUACAAGGUGCUGCGAGAUAUCUUCCACUAUAAACCUAUACUGACCAAGCAGCAGUUCCUCCAGUGGGGUUUCUCACAAAGGAAGAUCUCUUUCAUCUGCGACAUUAUUGACCUGGUUCUGCAGAAACACAACCAGCUGAAGAAGCCAAGAGUCAGAUGUCCUGCCUCAUACAAGGAUAAGCGAGGAGAAUCUCAUCCUGCACUCACUGAUGCAGGCACUGUAAGUCCAAUACCACUGCUGAAGGUGUUCGAGGGGCCAUUUGUUGUUAAUCACACAGAACAUUCGUCAACUUCUCCCACAAACUCCUCCCAUGUGGAAGAAUUAUCCUCCCACGAAGCCUGGACCUCUCAUAAUGAAGUGUAUUCCUCUAAUUCUCUCGGAAAUGGGAUCACAGAACUGGCAGGAUGCAAGGAGGAGAAGUCAUCAGAGGUGGAGGGAAGGCUCUCUGCACUGGAAACUCAGCUAGGAGGUCUUCUGUCUGGGAUGGACAGACUCUACAUCCUGGAAAAGCGGCUGGAGAAACUUGAAAAACAGAGACUCACAGACAAGCAUGUUCUAUUCCAGAACGAAGGAGAAGUCAUCACUAUACCCAGAGAAAGCUGGGAAAUCCUGAUGAGCAGAGUGCUGUUAUUGGAGACUAAACUAGAUCUGAGCAAUAUACAGUUGAGAGUGCCCCUGGCUUGUCCACCAACUACCACUUCCUCGUCUUGCACCACCUCUGAUGCUUCAAAGGAGGACCUCAAGGACAGACUGGAGAGAAUCACCAACAUGUUGAAGAGCACAUCCAAUCUGCUGAAGAACACAGAAUGAUCCACAACAGAUAAGGACAAUUAAUCAAAGGCCUCAGCGCACUGGAGUAUCGUCAAUUUUUGUUUCAAAUUAUCACAAAUAAAUGCAAAUUAUUUUUUUUACAUUUUCAUUAUUUGGUUGGUCAUUUCUCAAUAGUGUCUUGACUUUUUUGUAACUCACACAGACAGGCCAAAAUAACUUUUUUUAAUCUAUUGAUCACUUUUCAUUGCUUUUACAAUGAAAACAUGACAUCUUUCUUAGAUCAUGAACAAGAAAAGCUACCAGGUGGAGAUUCAGCAGUUGUGUGUUACAAUAAAGUCUACAAGACGCAUCACAAUAACAUUUUUUGUUUGGCAUCCCUUAAACGACAAAUCAAGUACAAGAUAGACUUCAUGUUCAAGGUUCAUUUUGCAACUGAUACACUGCUGACACUGAAGAUUAAGGAUCAGACAAGGCCUGUUUAAGCAGACCGGGCUGAGGUCUUUGUUAUGAUUUUCAUUAAGAGUCACAGUUUUUCAUUUGCAUUGAUAAUUGCCUCAUCUUUGCCGCUCUAUAUGCCUCGCCCUCUUGCAAGAGCGCCCUGAACCGCUCCAAAUGAAGAAAUUCAACAGCAAUAAA